AUUAGUAAAUAAAUAAAUAAGUAGAAAAAAAAAAAAAAAAAAAAGAAAAAGAUUAUCAUAUACAAAACUCCAAUGGCGAAUACAGUUAAUAAUAAUAAUGGCAAUUCAGCAAUGUCCACGACCACUACUAGCAGCAUCGCGACGACGGCGCAGUGCCCUGAAAUGGUAAACGAAGGCAACAAUAUUGACUCUGAAGAAAUCUCUCCGAAAAUUUUCAAGUUUUUUCAUCGUUUGGCCGCUGAGAAAGGCUUUAAAGAAUAUGAAUUAAUAACCCGACCCAUAUCGGAAUUUGGUGAGAACUCUUACGGUUUGGUAUUGCAGAUGACGAUGAAAGCUCUCACAAGCAAUGACCUAGAAAUUGCAACGAGCAAAGAGCUUAUUAGCAUUGUAAAAAUUUCACCAAAACACCCGGCACGUCGUGCUCAAAUGCAUGUGGCCGAUUUUUAUGCCAAAGAGGUACUAAUGUACGAACAAGUGUUUGGCGAAUAUCGUAAAUUAUAUGAAGAACGCUUACAAGCAUUAAAUUAUCCAAAUGAAAGCCUUCCAUUCAAUGUCGUGCCCGAUAUGCUUUACUAUUCAUUAGAACCGAACAACGAAUUCAUUAUAUUCGAAGAUCUGUCAAUAAGCGGUUAUAAAACAAACGCGCGCAUGCAGAUGCCAACUUAUAAUUUAGUUAUGGAAACAUUUCGCUCAGUUGCUCAAUUGCAUGCCCUAUCGUUUGUUUUGCAAGCUCGUAAACCACAAAAAUUCAACGCAUUAAUAGCGAAAAUCAAAGAAGAUUUAUUCAUUGAGAAUAUGGCUACGGUGACAGUGGAAUUCGGUAAACGCUAUAUAAAGCGUGCACGUAACCUUCUACUUCAAGAUCCUAAACAUCAGCAGAAGCAUAUAGAAAUUUUGCAUAAAGUCGAAGAUAAUUUAUGUAAAAUUUUGCCCGAUUGCGUUAAGGGUGCCAAAGCGGCACCAUAUUCAGUCAUCUGUCAUGGCGACUUUUGGAAUAACAAUGUCCUUUAUAAGUACGAUAUUAACAAUCAAGCUGUGUCCGCAAAACUGAUUGAUUUUCAAAUAUCUCGCUACUCCGUACCCGUAUUAGAUUUGAUACAUUAUCUUUACACAUGCACUGAAAAGGAGUUACGUGAUAAAUAUUUUUGGGAAUUCAUGGGUGCCUAUUACGAAGCCUUAGAGAAACACUUACGCUUUUAUGAUCUCGACGUUAAUCAGAUAUAUCCGCGAUCGAUAUUCAAGCAACAAUUGCGUGAUUACGGUAUCUAUGGUUUUUAUAUAGCUGCCUUCUCGAUACCGUUCUUCAUUUCGAAUAAAAACGAGAUACCCGAUUUUGAUGUGGUAGCGGAUGCAGUUAAAAGCAUAUCUCCAUCUUCCUCGUCAUCGAUAUCGACUUGUUCGUCACUUUCGUCCUCUGACGAAGAACUUAUGGAAGAAUAUCGCAUUAGCAACGAAAUGGCGCAUUUACCGAAUGAGAAGUGCUUAGAAAUUUUAGAUGAAUACGAUAUGUUAACGGAACGGACGGCUCCCGUUUUUAAAAAGCGCAUGAUGGGCAUUGUGGAGGAUUUAAUUAAAUAUGAAAUGCUAGAUAAUAUUUUAAAGCUAUAACAUAUUCAGAUUUCUUUUCUUCUUCUUUUUCGUGUGUUUUUUUUUUUUUUUUUAUAUAUAUAUAUAUAUACAUAAACAUAUUUCUAAACUCUUUUACUUCGUAUUAAGUUUAUGAUUAAUAAUUAAUUGAAUGUUAGUUAGGUUUUUAUUUUUUGCUUUUUUUUU